AUGAGAGCAGUUGUGAGGUUAUGCCCUCAUCAUACUUAUCCGACCAAUAAUAAUAAUAAUAUUAAUAAUUCAUUGAAGACCGGAAGGGAAACAUCAGAGGUUCCCUCACCAAACUAUUAUUAUGAAGCAACGGAUUUGGAACAUUUUACAGUGUAUGAAAAUAAUGUUAGGGAAAAUGGAAAAACCUUCGAAUGUAAACAUAUUUAUGAUAGCAGUGCAACACAAUUUGAUAUUUUUGCUAAUGAAGUAGUUCCGUUGAUUGAGAAAUGCUUUCAGGCUCAGGAUUGUGCUGUUCUUUAUUUCGGAAGUGAUUUUGCUGGAAAACGAUUUUCACUAGAAGGAUUACCUGAAUAUCCAGGAUUUUUCUAUAGAACUAUUGAGCUUUUAUUUGACACAAUAGCUGGUGAGGAUCCUUCAAACAAAUGUAGACUAUUUUACUCUUCCUUCACUAUUGAGAAGGAAACGAUAUUCGACAACUUGCCUAGUGAUUCCAGUUCUCAAAUAAAAUUGAGAGAUGAUAAAAAGAAAGGAAUAAUAGCAGAGGGUGGAACCUUAAUAGAACUGUACGAUAUUCAACAAGCUCUUCAAGUUUAUUAUGAAUCAACAAUAUGUAAGACAACGCCAGCUAGUGUUGAAACGAAAAAGACAAUAACCAAGAGCUCUGCUAAAACAAGUUCAGCCACAGAAAGGAAAACCACUAAUUCAGAUCUAGAAAAGAAAACUCAAGAAGUUGACGCCUUAACAAGAGAAAACAGAGAACUUUCUGAUAAGAUGAAGGCAAUAGAGGACCAAUUAAGGAAGAUCCAAGAAAAACAAGAAAAGCAAACGAUUCAAAUUAAUGCUCUAUCGCCAACAAAACCAAAAGACGAUGAUGGAUUACGGGUUUCAAAAAAGAUGGCCAGACCUUCUUCUUCCAAAUCGAUACUGAAUACGAGUGCUAGCAGCGAACUAGACAGAUACAGAGAGGUAAUGGAAGGAACAUUAACAAAGUUAAAAAACCAAAUUAAAUCAUUGGAGAUUGAGAACUCUGAGGUAAAGAAAGAAAUGACUAAACGUGAGAAUACAUACAAGAAGAAAAUCUCAGAGCUUGUAAAUGAUGUCAAAAGAGAUAGUUAUCAAAAGCAAAUUCAAGAAUUACAAACUAGACUGAAUGAGGAAGAAUAUGAAGUCCACAGCCUAGAUGAUGAUAGUGAAUUUAUGAACGAGCCUAGUGAGCUACCUCCUGAAAAAUCUGAUCAUGAAAGAAAGUUGGAAAGAGAAGUAAUUUUACUGAAGGAGGCUCUGCAGUUUGCCCUCUCUCAAAAACAAUCAAAUCCAAACGCUUCACAACAGGGAUCUGGAUCAGAACCUCCAUUAACACCUUCUCAAACGCAACAUAGAAGAACACAAUCGGAAUUCAUUCAAACUUCUCAAUCAUCUCCACCAGACAAUAUAAUUAAUCCAUCUCCAAUUUCUACUCCGAUUCAUUCUUCAUCAACCAUUGAAUCCAUAGAAUCCGACAAUAAUUUCGUAACGCCAACAACUCUUAUUAACAACCAAGAAUCAAGUCAAAAGUCAACAACCCAUCACGAAAGAAAAUUUAAAUCAAAACAUUUUUCAUUAUUCGAAUUAAAUGGAAAGGAAGAUAAUAGUCACAUCUACACACCUUCUUCAUUGAUAUUUUAUACUCCAUCAUCAAGAAAGAAAUCACUUGUUGUUUCGAAUAAUAACAAUCCAAAUAAUGAUAUUGAUAAUAAUUUACUUUUAACACCCCGAGCUACAACAACUUCGACCGAAAUGAGCUUGUCACCAACACCCAAAAUGAGAACAAGCUCACUUUUUGUAAAAUCACCAAAUACCAAAGAGAAAUCACCUCAUCAGCAAACAUUGUCAUUGGAAGAGUUUCCAUUGCCAGAUUUUUCAAGUUUGAGAAAAUUUAAUCAUAUUACUUUUGAUCAAUUUGAGAUAAAUCAAACAAAUCAACAACAAACUAAACUAGAGAAUGAUACAGCGGGAGUAAUUGAAGAAAGUGAACUUUUGAUAGAGGAUGGAAAGCCUUCAAGUGUGAGGAAUGAGUUUUUUCAAAGCCCUUUGCCAAGCGUAAACGAACUAUUAACUCAAAAUGUAGAGAAGAAGGAAAAUACUGUAAAUAUUGGUCCUUAUUCGAUUUAUACAGACACCGAGUAUCCAUUAAAAUCUAAUUCUAAAACCAUUGAAAUGGUUUUCGGUAAUAUUACUAAGAAUUUACCUGAGAAUGAAAGUGGUAUUACUGAUAAAUACUUUUAUGAUGGAAUUAAUACCAUAACAAAUGAGAAAGUGAAUGUAAUAAGUCAAUUAGUUAGUGCAGAGUUUGUAGAAACAUACAGAGAAAGAUCGAAAAAGUUACUUUUAAUAGAUAAUGUAACUGGAAUAAUCAGAUUUUUGGACGUUGCUGAAAUCCAAUUGAACAAAAAUAAUAUUGAGUCUAUCGAUUUCAAUACUGGAAACAUUUCAUCAGCUGGCUCAAUAUUCUACAUUUUCGUAGAGCCUUGUUUAUUAAUGUACAAAAUUAUUCAAAAGACUAAAAUAGAGGAAAAGAAAUUUUCUUACCCAAUUUUAUUAGAAUGGUUGAGCCAAUUAUCUGAUGGAUUAGCAAAUAUUCAUGAGCAACUUGAGACUGUGCAUGGAAAUAUUGACGUGAACUCUAUAUUUUUCUCCAAACUUGAAGAAAGUAUGAAAAUAGGAAACAUGCUACUUAUUACACCACAAAUUCUUGCAAGUGCUGAUCCAAUGAAAUCUCCAAGUAUUGACAAACCAAGUGAGAGAAUGUUUGAAGCCACUUCAAAUAAGCCAAUAUAUCACUCAUUUACACCUCUAGACUUGGGAGGAGACAGAUGUUGUCACUAUGACCCAAGUUGCAGACCUAACAUGAGAGAAUUAUGUCAACAACUUGCUCUUUUAAAGAAAUAUAGAAGUAUUUCUGGAUCCACAACAACCAGUUCAACUUUCAAUACCUCAUUUUACGAAAAUGAUGUUAAUCAAUAUCAGAAAAGAUUAGACGAUAUUCGUGUAAACAUGGAAUUGGGAAGUAUUUUGAGCGAUUUAUAUGAAUGUGAGGAUGGAGCAAGUGAAAAACAAUCUGGUAACAGAUUACCAACAAGAAAUAGUAACAGCUACGACAUUUUACCACUAUCAAGUAUGGAUGGCCCAGCUGUUCUUCCCUCUCUUAUUUCAAUAGGUAGAACAAUUAUGAGAUACGUUAAUAAGCACUACAAAAUCAAAGACAAGAAAAAGAAGAAACUAAAAUUAGCAACUAUGAAAACAAAACUAAUGAAAAUUGCACAUAUACAAGAAACAGAAGUUGAUAACAGAAGAUCUAGUAAAAAAACCUUGGAGGAAGAGUUGAAAUUGAGAAACCACACCAGAGUCUUUGAACAUCAAGAAGAGGUAGAUCUCAAAAUACUCCAAGCUAAAAUUGCCAAUCAAUACUCAAUAAUUUCAGUAAUUGGGAGUGGUAGUCAGGGAACUGUCAUCAAAGCAUUCGAUAGCCAAAAUAAUAGAUUUGUAGCAAUCAAACGUAUUAGAAUGAAGGAUAAUAAUGAUACCAUGUUGGCCUCCAAAGAAAUUUCAGCCAUGUUCUCACUCAAUGACAAUGAUAACAUUUGUAAAAUUUACAACUGGUUUAUUUAUUGUGAGAAUAGAGAAGAUAAGAAAAUAAUUACCUCAGAAAAUCUUUCAGAUAGUGAGGAUGAGCAUGAUUUUGAUGAGGAAGAUGACGAGGAGGAUGAGUACGAUUUCAAGGAUUAUGCUAACGAGACUUGGUACAUUGGAAUUGUAAUGGAAUAUUGUUCUGAAGGAGAUUUGAGAAAAGCCAUGAGAUACUGUAGAGAAUGCAAUACUUACUUUAAAAAUUCAACAGUUAAAAAGUGGCUCAAUGAGUUGAUUUGUGCAACAGAUUAUAUUCAUAGAAGAAAUUUAAUGCACAGGGAUAUUUCUACAAAGAAUAUUUUCCUUCAUAGCAACACUGAAUUACAACCAUCUAGCACAUUAAUUGGAACACCUCCAUCAUAUUUUGACGCUUGUCAUGUAAAAAUUGGAGAUAUGGGACUUUCCAUAAAGUUAGAAGAACUCAAUAGAAAUAACUCGGCUUGGGGAACCAGACGAUGGAUGGCACCUGAGCAACGGUUGGGUAAAAGAUAUGACUCUACUGUGGAUAUUUGGAGUUUAGGAUGUAUUGCAUUAGAAAUGGUUUUACAAUAUUCGUAUUCGAUGGUUGUAAAGUCAAGUAAUUCAAUGGACAAUAUGGAUCAUGAUAUGAGACAUGUGGACUAUUAUCAAGAAAUUAAGAAUAAUCCUAACUUUUUGAAUGAUAUACUAAGACCACUGGAGUCAUACUAUGAUGACAAUAUAAUAGAAUUCAUUAAAAAGUGCCUUGUUAUUGAACCAUGGAAACGAGCCAAGGCUCAACAAUUAUAUGGCCUACUCAAUCAAGAUAUUAGAUCAGUGGAGAACGCUGAGGUUCACUAUGACCAGAGCCUUGAAGAGUUUCAUCCAUCUCCCUUCUCUGUGGAAAAGAAAGGAUUGGAACAACUCCAUGCAGCAACACCCACCGCUGCCAAUAUCCCUAACAAAUUAAUUGAAAAUGCAAGUCUAAGUAACUUGGCGCUCUUACAAAACGAAAGGGAUAAAGUGAAUGCAUUGAUAGAGAAAGUAGAAGAAUCACAAAGUAUUCGUAAAAUAUCCAAUCCAGUAUUUAUAGAGCUUGGAGCUGAUAACAAAAAAUAUACUAAACCAGAACCAAAAGCAACCCACAAACUAACAUCCACCAUGACAAUCGAAAGUAGAAAUGUUCUCACAAGCCAUGGAUUAAGCACAUUUUUCAAAGAAAUUGAAGUUGAAGAAAAUCAUGAAAAAGAAAGCCAAUCACUGAAAGACCACAAUGAAUCCUCAUCAAGCAAUAAUGAAAUGCUUCCAGAAGAAUUUUCCACACAAGUUAAAAGAGGUCAUGAAAAGUCACUCCACAAACUCUUGCAAAAAUCAAUAUCUGAUUGGACAACAAACGAUGUAGGAAUUUGGCUCAUUUCAAUUGAUUUUAGCAAAUUUGUUGAGAAUUUUCAAUCUCAGAAUAUUACCGGAAGAGCUUUAUUGUUAAUAAGAGAAGAAGAUAUGAAAGAUGUGGGUGUAGUUAAAUUGGGAGACAAACUUUUAUUGUGGAACAUGAUUCAGAAUUUAAGACAACUUCACGAUAGAAAGCAAAAGAAAUAAAAGUCCAGGCUAUUCUAG